AAAAAANGUGAAAAUUAUUUACAGAGAAAAAACAACAUAUACAAAAAAGAAAAGAAAAAUGAAGAGAUUUUUGGUAGCGUUUCUUCUUGUGCUCGUCUUCUUCGCCGCUGAGAUGAAAAAAGGGGAUGGAUUUAAGAUACCAGUAGUACCAGAACCAACAGGAAAAUGGUGUGGAUACUCAUUGCCGAUGAAACCAUGCAACGACGAUGAUUGCGCUAAACGAUGUAUUAAGGAUAACACGCAUGGCUGGCUCAUGGCUACCGGCAUGUGCACUACUAUCCCUAGUCUAAAGGAUUGUUACUGUAUCCAUCAGUGUCCUUGAACUUUCUUUUAGCAUCCACAAUG